CCCACGAAGCUUUGAUUGUAAACCCCAAACGGCGGGUCAAUUUUCUGUGGACCAGGAAUGAAAAGAGGCGCCGCUCCCCUGGGGUCCUGAAGUAUAUGAAGCCGGAAUGGUAAAAUUCAAAUGCGAUGCUCGAUUUCCUGUAGUCCCCCUUAAGAUCGGACAAAAAACUUUUGAACUGUUAGUGGACACGGGGGCCACUCAUUCGGCUAUACCUAAGGGAGCGGCAUCAAUAAGCAGAAUAGAAAAAUGCGUGGUGGGAGUCACUGGAAAAUCGGAACGGCAUUUUAUGUCAAAUGACUGUGUUGCUACACUAGGACCCCUAUCAGUUCAGCAUUCCUUUCUGCUAAUGAAUGGCCCGGUUAAUUUACUAAGAAGAGAUUUGUUGUCCCCAUCUGCGACUGUCUCACAACCUAGCCUGUCAUCACACUCCCAGAGGCUAGCGCGGAUUAGGCAUAAGAAGAAGAGGACACGGGAGGACAUGUUCUCGGAGCUUAUAGCCUGCUCCAGAGCCCAGGCAGCACAGCAGACCCAGUGGCGGGAGAACUUGACCCGAAUGCACCAAGCCAACAUGGAUCGGGAGGAGAGGUGGCGUCAGGAAGACCAGCAGGCGACUCAAACCCUGCUUGGACUAAUGAGGGAGCAAACGGACACGCUCCGGCGCCUUGUGGAUGUUCUGCAGGAACGGAGGCAGGAGGACAGAGCCCCGCUGCAGUCCAUCUCUAACCGCCCUCCCCCGCCACCAAGUCCCAUACUCCCCUCACCCAAAGUGCACAGAAGGAGAGGCGGCAGAGUCCCUGCUAACUCUCACUCCACCCCUGCAGAGAGCUCGAGCAGCAGAAGGCUCUCAUUCCCCAAAAUUUGACAAGUUCUUUCCUUCCCGCCUGACACAAGCCCCCGUCCAAGUUUCACUUUCCCAGUUCCAUGUUUGGUUGAUAAUAAAAAAUACGUUUCUGUUAA